AGCAGGCCGAGCGAGCCGGGAGCUGUCGGCGGUGCUGAACACCUGCCGCCGGACCGUCGCCACGCUGCGAUCCAGACCCGGACCCCACGCCCUCACCUGUGACACCGGCCGGUGAAGUAUCCUGGUGAGUGAUUCCCCACUUAGGAUAAAGACAAAGAUAUAAAAAUUGAGACUUUUACAGUAAAUCAACAACUCAGAGCAACAAGGUCAAACCGCUCAAGUGAUUCGAAUACAAAAACAUUCUCCGAAGCCUCACAACACGGAUCAUUUACAGCCUGCAUUUACAGCACUUCCACUGAUCUAUGGAAUAUCAUCAGCCCCUCGACUGAGAUUUAUACUUCACUUUGUAAUCACAAUAAAGCCCCCUCUAGGGCUGCUGUUGGAUGACACUUAAAAUAUUGACAAAUAAAGUGAGGACCAUGCAAAUAAUUUAAACUUGAAGCGGUGACCUCGGCUUUUGUAUUGUUCGCUUCUUUUGAGAGUGUUUGUUUAAGAAAGAGAGAAAAAGAGAGAGGGACACAUAAACACCAGCCAGUUCAAUCUAAUUAAACCUCACAGGGGGCUGUGUCACCUCACCUGAUGCUUGGCUGACCAGAGGGCUUAUUAAUUUAUACUACUGAUUUGCCCUGUGUUAUUUCCUCUGGAACAGUUUCUUUCCCGCCGUGGCUUGCGGGAAACACCGUGGUCUGUUGGCAGCUGCCAGAUGUCACUAUGUGAUCCUCCUCCUGGGCUUAGAAAUCACACUCCGUAACAAGGAUGACCCCGCAGACCCGUGCCAUUCCAGAUAUCUCCUGACUGCAAAAUAAAACAUAUACAGUAAACAGUUUCAACCCUCAAAACAUUCCUUCAUUUCCAACAUGAGCGACACAAACUACUGGGUUGUGGACUAUGAGCUCUCCUCUCCUGCUCCGCCUGGCUUCCCCAGGGACCCGACAGUGCUGCAGCCCGUGGCAGGGCACCCGGAGCAAGGAACAGCCCUGUGUUUCGUGGGCCUCCUCGUGCUGCUGCUGCUCUUUCUCCUCAUUCGUUGCGUCCGUAUCUUGUUAGACCCCUACAGCAGCAUGCCGGCUUCCUCGUGGACGGACCAUAAGGAGGGGCUGGACAGAGGACAGUUUGAUUAUGCACUGGUGUGAGGACGAGGGGGGUGAUGAAGAGAGGGAUGAAUUUGAAAAUAUGCUUUUAGAGUGACAAACACUGCAGGAGGACGACGAUCAGCAUUGCAGCAUUACGGUAUGACUCCUGUUUAUCAUGUCAUUUUGUAAUUCUAUAAUGUUUAUACAAAUGCCAGGGCUGAAUUAUAAAUAGAGAGCAGAGCUGCGGCAAGAGAGGUCCUGAUUGAAUAAAAGAGAAGUUAAAUGAGUUUAGGGCAGACUUGGAAGUCAUUUACACAGAACUAGUACACAGUGUUACUGUAGAUUCAGAAACAAGACUGUAAACUUUAGAUGUUGAUUUACUGUUCAAAUGUUUUUCUCCUGCAGGUUUUAUUUUUUUAAAACUAUUUUUCUUUCUUUUUUUGGAGGUAAAGCUGAACGCAAAAUUUAGAAGAUGUUUAUUUUUAAUGUGAACGAUGCUGGAUACUGUGUGGCAUUUGUACCACCUGACCCUCAGGUAAAAUGAUGUCUAAUUAACCAAAGCCUCCAUAAUUUGAGGAAAUCAUUGACAUUGAGCUCUAGCUGAUAUUUGUAUCACUCUUAUUUAUUUCACGGUGUCCUAAAUUUCAAUCUCAUUCCACUAUAAAAGCCAAAAGUGUGUAAUACAUAACAGUUAAUACAGCUUAUUUUAUUUGGAGUUUUGCUGUUUCAUGUCGCCAUCCCUUUAAGAGGCUUAUGAGGCUCAGUGCGGAGCGUCACAGCGCUGGCUGAAUAUGUGUCAUAUAAGGUUAUGAUUAUGAAAUGUAUGUACACCAAUUUCCUCUCCCUAAUCCUUUUUGUCUUUAGGCCCCGUCCAGUGCACCAGCCAAAUCUGUUCAACAGUGCCUGUAGGAAUAUGAGAAAAGCUAAUAUCUAUUUCAUACUAAUGAUGUUUCUGCUCCUUUUAGCCACUUGUUUUGUAUCAUUUUUGCCCUUAUUAUACCAUAAAGCCCUCUGAAAUGUAGCUCUGAAAGGCUCUUUAUAAAUAAAGUUUAGCAUUGAUAUUUUACUGA